UUGUGUUCAAAUUAUUUGUCUUCGAUGGCAGCUUAUUUCGUUGGCUAAUUGAUUGCGGAUGUAUGGCUAUAUAUCAUUCAAUUGGCUCUCCCCACUUUAACCUGGACCUCUCUAACCUGUAUUAGGAGCUCCCUACAUUGCAUUGCUCUUGCAUUCAUUACUGUUUCUGUUACUAUAUAGAGGUUUAACCCUCAUUUUCUUCGCUUACUAUCAAACUGAAAAAUGAUCCUGGGGUACUUUGGCGCAUGCUUCAUAGCCUUGGUUACCAUAGCCAUCUUCCAUUUCAUCCGUAAAUGGAGGAAUCCAACAUGCAUCAAUGGAAGGCUCCCUCCUGGUUCCAUGGGCUUGCCCCUAAUUGGAGAGACAAUUCAGUUUCUCAUCCCUAGCAAGUCCAUGGACGUUCCAUCUUUCAUCAGUAAGAGGAUAAAAAAAUAUGGACCAGUGUUUCGGACUAGCUUGGUGGGUCGACCAGUUGUGGUGUCGUCUGACCCUGAUUUCAACCAUUACAUCCUUCAACAAGAGGGGAGGUUGGUGGAAUUUUGGUACAUGGACUCCUUUGCUAAGCUAUGUGGACAAAUGGAUGAUGGUUUGCCUGUUACUGCGUUCGGGUUAAUCCACAAAUACAUAAGGAACCUUAUUUUGAAUCACUUCGGACCAGAAGUCCUCAAAGAAAAGUUGCUUCCUGAGUUGGAAGAAUUGUGGGUACGGGCCCUUCAAAAUUGGAAGGCAUGUGACUGCGUGGAAGUUAAACAAUCAACUUCAGCGAUGAUGUUUGAUCUGACUGCAAAAGCUCUAUUUGGCUAUGAACCUGAUAAAUCUGGUGAAGACAUGGGCAAAAACCUAACUAACUUUUUGGAGGGAGUAAUGUCUGUUCCUUUGAACGUUCCUGGCACUGCCUUCCACAGAUGCAUGCAGGGACAAAAGAAACUGCUAAAACUGGUAAACAACGUGAUUCAAGAAAGAAGAGCGCACCCGGAAAAACGUAGAGGAGACUUCCUUGAUCAGAUAUUAGAUGACAUGAAGCACCAGACAUUCUUAACUAAUAACAGUGUUCCGAUCAUAACAUUUGGACUUCUACUUGGUACCGUCGAGACAGUGUCUUCCACUAUAACUUUAACCAUUAAGUUGCUCAUCGAACACCCUCUUGUUGUUGAGGAACUGAUGAGGGAACAUGAGGAAAUUCUAAAUAGAAGAGAAAACCGAGAAGCUAGGAUCACAUGGGAUGAAUAUAAAUCCAUGACCUUUACCAUGCAAGUUAUUCAAGAGUCACUGAGGCUGGGCAAUAUUGCACCAGGAAUUCUAAGAAGAGCAAUCGGGGAUAUAGAAGUAAAUGGUUAUACAAUUCCAAAAGGGUGGACAAUUUUUUCUGUUCCUGUGGCUAUUCAUUUGAACCCAGAGACAUACAAAGAUCCCCUUUCCUUCAACCCAUGGCGUUGGAAGGAUUUGGGAUUUAGCGCGACGCAAAAAAAUUUCACACCCUUCGGUGGAGGAUCAAGGCAAUGUGCUGGAGCUGAAUUUAGCAAACUCUUAUUGGCUCUGUGUAUCCAUGAACUGGUCACCAAGUACAGGUGGACUAAAGUCAAGGGAGGAGAAAUCGUUCGGUCUCCUGCUUUAACUUUUGGCAAUGGUUACUACAUUAAGGUCACAGAUAAGUUCUAAUGGCAACAAUAGGGAGAUAUACAGAUUGCUACUGCAAUGGAGAAGAUAUUGUUGUUCGGCUUCCGUGAUUCUAUAUGUGUGUGUAGUUUUCUAGCUACUUGACAACUUGGUAUGAAUAAUUGGAACCUUUGUAGCUACUUGACAACUUGGUAUAAAUAAUUGGAACCUUAGAUGUAUACAGGAGGGUGCUUAACUUCUGCAUCUAAAUGUGGUAUGGUAUUUGGCUGAAAUGCAUUUGAUUGUUUAUUU